AUGGUGGCUUAUCUUCCGCAGCAUGAACUCGAUACCAAGGACGAUCGCCCGUAUAUGGAGCCGGCCAUAGCCCCCUUUGCUGGGCGGCUCGGCGGAAACCAGGACUUUGUUGUCGAUCGGCAUGACCCUCGGAAUGUGAAAGUCCUGGAGAAGGUGCCUGACGCUGCACCGUGCAUGACGUUGGCCGAGGUUUUUGAUUUCCGUGGAUUUCUGAGUGCCGAUCUAUACAAGUUUGCGAUGCUGGAAUGUGUUGCUAGUAUGAUGAAUGUUUUCAUCUCGUGCUGGGUCACGACGCAUCCACUUGCUGCGACGACUUCCCCGAAAACCCAGGCCGGCGUUUACGCUACUGUCACCUUCUUCUCUCCACUCUUUGGAGGCAUCACCAAUCUCCUUUUGACUCCGCUCCUGAUCUAUACCUUUUCUCCAUCGAGUGGAGGCCAUAUUAGCCCGACUAUUACACUUGCCACAUUCUUUGCGCGCAUUAUUUCCUUCCCACGCAUGGUCUUGUACUUGGCUGGGCAAACUUUUGGUGGGGCUUUAGCUGGUUUCAUGCUACACAGUGCCUACGGGAGUCGAGAAAUCACGGUAGGAGGAUGUCAUAUCGAUACGUCAAUGGUGAAACCCAAAGAAGGCCUCGUGAUUGAAUUCAUAGCUUGCCUCAUCCUCAUUUUCCUGGCGUUUGGCGUUGCUCUUGACCCACGACAGGCUAAAAUCUUUGGCCAUGCCACAGCUCCGUGGUUUGUGGGGAUCGUUCUGGGAAUCGUCAGUUGGGGCACAGCCUUCACUCGUGAAGGCUAUAUUGGAGCAAGUCUUAAUCCAGCUAGAUGUUUCGGUGCUUAUGUGGCGUCGGAAUUUCCUUCCUAUCACUGGAUCCACUGGGUUGGACCACUUGCCGCUGCUAUCGGGCACGGUUUGGUGUACUUUGUCGACCCACUUUGGGCCGAGGGGACGUCGAGCCUACCGUGA